CUGGGGUGCUGGGCAGCCACAACCACGGACCGCCCAGCGCGCUGAGCCAUUCGAAGGGCACCGAAGACCCAGCGUGGGUGGUCGGGCAUUUUGGCCCAACGGUGGCAGACGCAGCUGAAAAUGGAGGGCAUAAAUUCGGGGGGUCUGGACUGGUGACUGUGCCUACGUCGAUGCGCCAACGCCUCUUUCCACCAACGUUCUUUUGAGCGUGUGCGCCUUCGGGAAUUUGCGCCGGUAUCCGGCCGUCACCCCCCUUCAUAGUGCUCCUCUUCCCCAGCUCGUUUGUUCUCCUGCAGCAGGCUAUGCAGGCUAGGGCCCACCACCUGCUCAAAACGUACUCGACCCAGCCUUUUAGCCACGGCCUUGGCUCAUUGGAGGGGCUGUUGACGACGACGGCCGACGCACCCCCCGAGCGGGCUUACCUUUUGCCCCUGCCUGGGCAGUCAUUCACUUGCGCCGAUUUUCCCUCUCGCGCAACAGCCACCUGAACGUCACCCUCACAGCCUCACCCGCCUCUGGAUUCGAUGUCCCGAGACUUUGGCGACGGUGCUGGUGCUUGAUCCCCGUCCCAGGAACCGAAAAGCUGCCCACAAUGGCCGCUGUCGAAAGUGCGCCAACCUUCGGCGCAGAGCUCAAGGAUGGCUUCAAACCCGCCAACGCGUGGGUCGCGGGCGGCAUCGCCUGGAUCGACGACCUCCAGCAGUUUUACCGGGAACGAGCGGCCAUAGAAAAGGAGUACAGCGCGAGGUUAACUGCGCUCGCAAAGAAGUAUUUCGAAAAGAAGGCCAAGAAGUCGGCAAGCUUGAGCGUCGGCGAGAACCCCGCAAUGACCCCUGGAUCUCUUGAGAGUGCCUCCAUCACAACGUGGACAACCCAGCUCAAUACUGUCGAAGCCCGAGCCAACGAGCAUAACCAGUUCAGCAACGACCUGAUCAACAAGGUUGCCACGCCGCUCCAGGGUGUGGCCACCAAGUUUGAGGAGCUCCGCAAGCGUCAUGCCGAAUUCGCCGAUAAGCUCGAGAAGGAAAGAGAUGGUUCUUACUCGGAAUUGCGCAAGGUCAAGGGCAAAUACGACAGCGUCUGCCAGGAGGUGGAAAGCAGGCGCAAGAAGACGGAGUCGGCAUUCGACAAGGCAAAGGCGCAGAGCAACUACCAGCAGCAGAUCCUGGAGAUGAACAACUUCAAGAACAGCUACUUGAUAGCCAUCAACGUCACCAACAAGCAGAAGGAGAAGUACUACCACGAAUACGUGCCUGAGGUCAUGGACAGCCUACAGGACCUAUCCGAGUUCAAGACGAUGCGGGUGAACGAGCUUUGGACCCUGGCCUCGACGCUCGAGUCCGGACUCUUGAAGUCUAGUGGCGAGCUGAUAGAGCACCAGACGCAAGAAAUCGCCCGAAACCAGCCGCACCUCGAUUCAAUGAUGUACAUGCGCCAUAACGUCGGCUCGUGGCAGGAGCCGUCAGACAAAGUUUUCGAGCCGAGCCCGGUCUGGCACGACGACGACACCAUGGUUACGGACGAGCCAGCAAAGGUUUAUUUGCGCAACGUCUUGAACAAGUCCAAGAGCCAGCUGGGAGAUUUGCGCAGGGAGGUGGAUAAGAAACGGCGCGAGGUGGAGGGACACAAGAGGGUCAAGCAACGUAUCAGGGAUGGCACGGAGCAGAAGGACGAGGUGGUGGUGGUGACGAUGAUCUUUGCGAUGCAAGAAGAUCUCCACCAGGUCGAACGUAGGAGGACAACAGCCGAGGUCGAAACGUCGACUAUCAUGGCGGCAGUCGGCGACGUGACGUUGGGGGCCAAGAACCACAACUUCAAGUCGCAGACCUUCAAGAUACCGACCAACUGCGAUCUUUGCGGCGAGAGGAUAUGGGGCCUGUCGGCCAAGGGGUUCGACUGCCGAGAUUGCGGCUACACAUGCCACAGCAAGUGCGAGAUGAAGGUUCCCGCCGAGUGCCCGGGAGAGCAGACCAAGGAGGAGCGCAAAAAGCUGAAGCAGGAGAGACAGGAGGCUGCGAACAAGUUGCUGAAGCCCAGCAGCGGAAACCAUGCCAAGAAGGCGUCGGUAGACAACGUGGCGGAGCUGCCGGCCUUGACGCGCACAAACACAAUGAACUCGCUGAGCUCGGGAUACGCGGCUAGUGCUCGUCGUUCAGUGUCGGGCGCCAGGUCUCCGGCACCAGACGACACACCGGUAGCCGAGCUUCCGGCAGCCCCCACGACGCCAGCACCGGCGCCCAAGCCCACAAACACGUUGCGCAAGAACCGGGUUAUCGCCCCGCCACCGGCCGCGUACAUCAGUGAGCUGCCCGGGAGCGCGGCGCCAAACGGGUCCGGCGGCGGCGCUGCCAAGGCGCCAGAGCAGAAAGGCAAGAUGCUCUAUUCUUUUGAAGCCAACGAUGAAGGCGAGCUUUCGGUGCCAGAAGGGCGGGACCUUGUGAUACUUGAGCCAGACACUGGGUCUGGAUGGAUCAAGGUGCGGGCAGGAUACAAGGAGGGAUUGGUGCCAGCUUCAUACGUGGAAGUAGGGCCGGCACCAUCGGCGGCGCCAGCGGCACCAGCGAUACCAGCGAUUUUGCCGCAGAAUACAGGACAGUCGGCGAGGCCGUCAUCGAUAUACUCCAACAGCGGGUCCUCGAUCGGAGGGCCGGGGACACCGUCUGUCAAGAAGAAGGGGCCGGCGGUGGCGCCGCGGCGAGGGGCAAAGAAGCUCAGGUACGCCGAUGUGCUAUACGAGUACACGGCGCAGAAUGACACGGAGCACAGCAUCGUCGAGGGCGAGAGGCUCGUGUUGAUCAAGGAGGACCCCGGGGACGGGUGGGCCGAAGUCGAGAAGGGCGGCGUGACCAAAAGCGUCCCAGCCAGCUACAUCCAGCCGGUGUAGAUAUUGCAUGUAUAUUGGGUUUCUUUCGUUUUCUAGUUGCUCUUUUGUGUUUGUGCGUUCAUUCAUUCAACGAGGCAGUUGCAUUCGUGCGGCGUUUGGCAUCGGAACAUGUUGAUACUAUAUACAGUCAAAAGUCUCCAUCAGAGCAUCUUGAUCCUAUAUACAGCCAGAAAGCGGACAAAGGCAGUGAGAGAUGGGUUCUGUGCCCCCCGUAUUGGCCAUCUCGCC